AUACUAGCAUUGCAGUUGGCUGAACCGUGUGUCCACUGACGAUUCCAAGAGCCGGCUGUCUGAGAUUCCAACAAUGUCUCACCCAUCUUGGCUGCCACCCAAAAGCACUGGCGAGCCCCUCGGCCAUGUGCCUGCACGGAUGGAGACAACUCAUUCCUUUGGGACCCCCAGCAUUUCAGUGUCUACACAACAGCCACCCAAGAAGUUUGCACCAGUAGUUGCUCCAAAACCCAAAUACAACCCAUACAAGCAACCUGGAGGUGAGGGUGAUUUUCUUCCACCCCCACCUCCACCUCUAGAUGAUACCAGUGCCCUCCCAUCUGGCUCUGGAAAUUUCCCUCCUCCACCACCCCUUGAUGAAGGUGCUUUCAAAGUGCAGCAGGGAAAUCCCGGAGGCAAGACCCUGGAGGAGAGACGCUCCAGCCUAGACGCGGAGAUCGACUCCUUGACCAGCAUUUUGGCUGACCUUGAGUGCAGCUCCCCCUACAAGCCUCGGCCCCCACAGGGCUCUACUACUUCAACAGCCUCUCCUCCAGUUUCUACCCCAGUCACAGGACACAAGAGAAUGGUCAUCCCAAACCAACCUCCUCUAACCGCAACCAAAAAGUCUACAUUGAAACCACAGCCUGCACCCCAGGCUGGACCCAUACCCGUGGCUCCGAUUGGAACACUCAAGCCCCAGCCUCAGCCAGUCCCAGCCUCCUACACCACGGCAUCCACCUCUUCAAGGCCUACCUUCAACGUGCAGGUGAAGUCAGCCCAGCCUAGCCCUCAUUACAUGGCUGCCCCUUCAUCAGGACAAAUUUACGGCCCAGGGCCACAGGGCUAUAACACUCAACCAGCUCCUGUCUCUGGGCAGUAUCCCCCUCUUUCAACCCGGGGAGGCACAGAUUAUGCAUAUAUUCCACCACCAGGACUUCAGCCUGACCUUGGGUAUGGGUAUGCUCCCAACCAAGGACGCCAUUAUGAAGCUUAUUAUGCAGCGGGGCCUGGCUAUGGGGGCAGAAAUGACUCUGAUCCCACCUAUGGUCAGCAAGGUCACCCAAAUACCUGGAAGCAGGAACCAGGGUAUACUCCUCCUGGAGUAGGGAACCAGAACCCUGCUGCAAUGUAUCCAGCCACUGGUCCCAAGAAGACCUAUAUCACGGAUCCUGUUUCAGCCCCCUGUGCCCCACCACUGCAGCCAAAGGGUGGACACCCAGGGUCAGUGGGGCCUUCGUCUGUUCCCUCUUCAUUCCGCCCAGAAGAUGAGCUCGAGCACCUGACCAAAAAGAUGCUGUAUGACAUGGAAAAUCCACCUGCCGAUGAAUACUUUGGCCGCUGUGCUCGCUGUGGAGAGAAUGUAGUUGGGGAAGGUACAGGAUGCACUGCCAUGGAUCAGGUCUUCCACGUGGAUUGUUUUACCUGCAUCAUCUGCAACAACAAGCUCCGCGGGCAGCCCUUCUAUGCUGUGGAAAAGAAAGCCUACUGUGAGCCCUGCUACAUUAAUACUCUGGAGCAGUGCAACGUGUGUUCCAAGCCCAUCAUGGAGCGGAUUCUCCGAGCCACUGGGAAGGCCUAUCACCCUCACUGCUUCACCUGCGUGAUGUGCCACCGCAGCCUGGAUGGGAUCCCGUUCACUGUGGAUGCUGGCGGCCUCAUUCACUGCAUCGAGGACUUCCACAAGAAAUUUGCCCCCCGAUGUUCUGUGUGCAAGGAGCCCAUCAUGCCAGCCCCGGGCCAGGAGGAGACUGUCCGUAUCGUGGCACUGGAUCGCGAUUUCCACGUUCACUGCUACCGGUGUGAGGAUUGUGGUGGUCUCCUGUCUGAAGGAGACAACCAAGGCUGCUACCCGUUGGAUGGACACAUCCUUUGCAAGACCUGCAAUUCUGCCCGCAUCAGGGUGUUGACCGCCAAGGCGAGCACCGACCUUUAGAUUCAGUCACCUGUUUAGCUAGUUAGUGGAUGGUGCUGAGAAGAACGAAACACAAGAAAAAGCUAAGAAAAGAAAUAGGAAAAUAGAGGAAAGGCAAUCAAACUAUGGGAUGGUCUCGGUUCUUCAUCUGCUAUUAACCUU